AUGCCAGAUUUGGACUCUCUGGAUGACAGGCUCGCAAGCCUGAACGGCCACAUCCCAAGCCACGAAACCGGCGACAAAGAUCGGCUUAUAGAGCUCAAGCAAGAGGCGUUUCCUGAUGACGAGUCAGCGAGUGUGAAAGAACUGGACGUUUCCGUGCAAUGCCUCUCUUUGAGAUACGUUCUGGCCGAAUACCAACUCGACCCACAGCCAGUGAUAUCUGACGAUGAUGAAGAAGAAGAUCUAGCACGAGGGGAUGAUGAGGCCUCCGAGGUCGACCAAGGCGCUUACGAUGGCCAGUUCGAUGUUGCUCAACAGCAAGCGGAGCAUCGUGCAGCCAUCUUGCAUCGAGAGCUUGAGAUUGAAGUGGAGAACGAGAAUGAUCUUCACAUGGCGAACGGCGUCGAUGAGGCCAUUCGCCGUGCAGAUGACUUUCGACGUGACCUGUUUUUCGGAGACGAGACUGACUGGCCCGAGGCGGAAAAGAUGGAUCUCGACUUGAUCGACACCUCACGCGAUUACCAUGGCGAUCAAUCUAUCGGUACUCCUGAUGCCUACGGCUGGUACUUGGGCGAGGACGGUCAACCACAGCGUGUCUCGCUCGGAUUCGAUGACGAAGAUCGGGAUGCAGAGUCACUGAUGGAUAUGACUGAUGUCGGCGAUGUUCUGGAGGAGCCGCUAGACGAAGCGGACGCAACCGAGAAUACUCAAGCAGAAGAGAUGGCAGGAAAGAAAGACACGACUGUUGCUGACGAUGAUUCAGAGGACAUUGCAGAGGGUAAGCCCGGGCCCAACGAUGCGCCACCUGUACCAGGAACGCCAGUUGAAGUGCCCAAGGAAAGCCUGGCCGACCGAAGACGAUCAGACCGCAUCGCCGCGUUGUCCUCCAGCCCAAGAUACACCGGCACGCGGAUCCGCACGGGACUAUGA